GGUCCCUUCCUCAGCUCACACCUCGAAAGUCUAACCGGGCUCUCGCGAGUUGGUCGUCUCUUCCUCUCAAGCCCUAGUUGGUCGCCUGUUCUUCUCGUCGCCGGUUGCUUCGCCGGUAAGAAAUUUUUCCUCCCAGAAGAGUCCGGCCACCUUCCUACUAUCGAAAACCUCGUUGGUUGCCUAUUCCCCUCACCGCCGCUCUUCACCACCGGUAGCUUGUCCGGCUAUAAAUACCCCUGAGAGGAAAUUUUAGGCGCGAUUUUUUUUUGGUGAAUUUUGUUUUUCUUCGAAUCCCUGUGUCGCGGUUUCCUCCUUUUUUUGACCAUCUGAAGUUCUGAAUUCCGUGAGCACUUGAAGAAGGGAGUAAUGGCAACGACUGAGGAGAAUGGUUCACUUUUCCCCAUAUUUAUCCUUACUAUGAUGGCUCUCUCUGUAGUACCCUACACAAUAGUUAGAUUAUCCCGCUUUGUAACAAGAAAAACGAAAACCAUUCAUUGCCAAUGCUCUGUAUGUUCACGUUCUGGGAAGUACAGAAGAUCCAUAUUAAAACGGAUCUCAAACUUCUCUACUUGCAGUAAUCUGACAAUUCUGUUGCUCUGGGUGAUUAUGGUGAUUCUAGUUUAUUACAUCAAGAUUACAAGCCGUGAGAGCCAACCAUUUGAACCUUUUAGCAUUCUUGGGUUAGAACCAGGAGCAUCAGAUUCAGAAAUAAAGAAGGCAUAUAGAAAACUCUCCAUUUUAUAUCACCCGGAUAAAAACCCUGAUCCAGAGGCGCACAAAUAUUUUGUAGAAUUUAUCUCUAAGGCAUACCAGGCUUUGACUGAUCCUGUUUCACGUGAAAACUAUGAAAAGUACGGUCACCCAGAUGGUAGGCAGGGGCUUGAAAUGGGGAUUGCGUUACCUCAAUUUCUGCUAAAAUUUGAUGGUGCAUCUGGCGGGAUACUUCUUCUUGGAAUUGUCGGAGUCUGCAUUCUUUUACCUCUUAUAAUAGCAGUGAUAUAUUUAUCAAGAUCUGCUAAGUAUACAGGGAAUUAUGUUAUGCAUCAAACUUUGUCAACCUACUUCUAUUUCAUGAAACCUUCAUUAGCUCCAAGCAAGGUCAUGGAUGUCUUCAUUAAGGCUGCAGAAUAUGUGGAAAUGCCCAUCCGUAGAAGUGAUACUGAACCCCUUCAGAAGUUGUUUGUGGCAGUUCGAAGCGAGUUGAAUUUGGAUCUAAAAAAUAUCAAGACAGAGCAAGCUAAGUUCUGGAAACAACAUCCUGCAUUGGUUAAGAUGGAACUCUUGGUACAAGCUCAAUUGACUCGUGAGUCUGCCAGUUUAUCUUCUUCUUUGUUGGGAGAUUUCAAGCGAAUGCUUGAGCUCGCACCUCGUCUUCUCGAAGAACUUGUCAAGAUAGCUGUUCUACCCCGCAAUCCCCUGGGGCAUGGAUGGUUAAGACCUGCGAUUGGGGUGGUUGAGCUUUCACAAAGUAUUGUUCAGGCUGUUCCACUUAGUGCAAGAAAAGCAGGUGGGGCGAAUUCGGAAGGAAUAGCCGCGUUCUUACAACUUCCACAUUUUAGUGAGGCAAUUUUCAAGAAAAUUGCCCGCAAGAAAGUGCGCACUUUUCAGGAUCUACGUGACAUGGGUGUUCAGGAACGUCAUGAGCUACUCAUUCAUGCUGCUGGAUUUUCGGAUACCGAGGCACACGACAUUGAGAUUGUGCUCGAAAUGAUGCCGUCCAUUACUCUGGAAGUUACCUGCGAAACAGAGGGAGAAGAGGGCAUUCAGGAAAGUGACCUUGUAACAAUGUAUGCGUGGAUCAAUCUCAGCAGGAGAAAUGGCCUUGUUGGAGCUCUUCCUCAUUCUCCCUACUAUCCGUUCCACAAAGAAGAGAAUUUCUGGCUUCUGCUUGCUGAUCCCGUGACAAAUGAAGUCUGGGUUUCUCAGAAGGUGAACUUCAUGGAUGAGACUGCAGCCAUUACUGCAGCUUCUAAGGCUAUUCAAGAAACAAAGGAGGCUUUGGGUGCAAGCGUUAAGGACGUGAAUGUUGCUGUGAUGAGAGCUAUUGAGAAGGUGAAGAGUGGAUCAAGGUUAGUGAUGGGCAAGUUCCAGGCCCCAGCUGAAGGGACCUAUAAUCUAUGCUCUUACUGCUUAUGUGAUGCAUGGAUUGGAUGUGACACAAAGGCAAACCUGAAGUUCAAGGUCUUAAAACGGAGUCGGACUGGGACAAGAGGCCAUGUGGUCGAGGAAGGGGCACCUGUCGAGGAUGGUAUUGAGGAAGAAGAAGCAGAGGAGGAAGAGGGUUAUGAUGAUUAUGAGAGUGAGUACAGUGAUGAUGAGGAUGAUGAGAAGGAACACAACAGCAAAGCUGUAAAUGGUGUCUUGAAUGUGAAAGGCCAUACUAGUAGUGAAUCUUCAGGUUCUGAUGAAGAAUAAUCUCUUUUUUUUCGUUGAAUUUGUUAUGGUUCUGAGAUUUUCAAAAUUUUAAGUUAAAUUUGCCUUUCACAUCAGGAAAAAAAAAAAAAAAACAAAAUUUGAUUAAUCAUUGUGUGAUGCGAUGAUAGAUGGGUUCUAUAUGGAUUUGAUGAGCAUCAUUUGCACUUUUGAGUAUAGACUGCAGUUUUAUGAAAGUAUUUAACUUCUGGUGCCAA